GUUGACACGAUGGAAGUUUAAGGCAGCUGCUCUUUUUUUGUGUGAUUAUUAGAAGACGUCAAGUUGCGUGCACUGACUGACUGUCGGCGUGGAAGUGGGAGUGAACACCGGCGGUUAGGACUGCUUUUACUCCCCAGAUAUUAAAAAGAUGGAAAAUGGGGGCGGCAGUGGCCGUCGCCGGAACGUUACGGCAGUGUCCACAGUCUCUGGCCCGGAUUGCCCUCAGAAUGGCGGAUGUAGUCUUGGGAACCACGGCCACCAGCUCAUUGGUGAUAUUCACGUCACUAGUAAUGGGAAAAUUGAAGUGGAGCAGGUGAUCAGCAAUAAGCUUCAACUGAAAAUGAAAUCAGAGCACCUGAAGAAGGACCUGUUACGUGAAGUUAACAACCAUGUCAAUGACUUCAUUGACAGUCUUAUUGAGGAAUCUGCAAGUGUGGAGCCUGCGUCCCUGCCUGCUGUCUUCUCACCCCCUCUGUCAGACAAGGAGAGAAGCAGGCUCGGGCAUUUCAGACCUCCUCAUGGCCAUGGCAAGCAGUUUGUUAGCCGCAGGUCCCUCCUGGAUGAGUUGUUUGAGGUGAACCACAUCCAGACAAUCUACCACAUGUUUAUUGCCCUGCUCAUUCUCUUUAUCCUCAGUACACUGGUGGUUGAUUUCAUUGAUGAAGGCAGACUGGUGCUGGAUUUUGACUUGCUAGUCUACGCGUUUGGACAGUUCCCUCUGGUGGUGUGCACGUGGAUCUGUAUGUUCCUAUCUGUUUUAGUGGUUCCCUACACACUGUUCCACCUGUGGACACACAGCCAAGCUAGCUCUUCCAGUCAUCACAGGCUGUACAGUUGUGCCUACGGCUCCAUGUUCCUUCUUUACCAAGCUUUGGCCCUCGGUUUUCUGCCCACAUACAUGGCAGUUGUGAACAGUUUGCCUCCAGCCUCAUGCUUCAUCAUUAUCAUGGAGCAGGUGAGACUCAUGAUGAAGGCCCACUCCUACAUUAGAGAGAAUGUACCAAGGGUCCUGACCUGGACUAAAGACAAAACCAGCUCAGGCCCAGUGGUCCCUCAAGUUUCUCAGUACCUCUACUUUUUGUUUGCACCCACGCUUAUCUACAGUGAUAAAUACCCAAGAAACCCAAUGAUAAGAUGGGGCUAUGUGGCCUCAAAUUUACUACAGGUGCUCGGCUGUCUGUUUUAUGCAUACUACGUGUUUGUGCGGCUCUGUAUCCCCCAGUUCCGCAGCUUCAGUCUUCAGUUUUUUGACCUGAGGACCAUGGUGCUAUGUGUCUUUAACUCCAUCUUGCCUGGUGUACUGGUUCUUUUCUUGGGGUUCUUUGCUUUCCUCCACUGUUGGCUAAAUGCAUUCGCAGAAAUGCUUCGUUUUGCUGACCGGAUGUUUUAUAAGGAUUGGUGGAAUUCAACAUCUUUUGCUAACUACUACCGUACUUGGAAUGUGGUCGUCCAUGACUGGCUGUUUCACUACGUGUAUCGGGACUUUUUGUGGAUAUCCCAGAAGCGCUUCAGACCAGCAGCCAUGCUGUUUGUGUUUACAGUGUCUGCCAUCGUCCACGAGUACAUCCUAGCAAUCUGCUUUGGCUUCUUCUACCCAGUCCUUUUUUGUUUGUUUAUGUGCUUUGGGAUGAUGUUUAACUUCGUCCUCCAUGACCAAAGAAAAGGUCCCAUUUGGAACAUAAUCAUGUGGACAUCGCUCUUCUUAGGUCAGGGAGUUAUCAUCUGUUUAUACUCUCAAGAGUGGUAUGCCCACUACUACUGUCCCCUAAAGGAGCCCUCCUUCAUUGAGUUACUACAACCUCGGUCGUGGAGCUGCAAGAGGAGUUUGAUGCCCAAAUGACUUUGACCUGAUUCACUUUGAGGUUGCAACUUGUGCCAACAUAGAGAGUAGCAAUCAUUGUGAGGCAGCUGAAUACAUUCAUUAUGCACACACUUUUUACACAAGCAAUAAUAGUUAAUAUUUAACAAAACCAGCAUCCUUCUCAUAACAAUGUUGGUCUGUGGAAUCUUCAUCUGAUGCACUUUGUAAAACAAUUUAACAAUUAUUUAUUGUAUUUUCUGUUUAUCACUCAAGAUGAACUUACUCAAUUUAUUUAUUGAGCAUCAUGCUUUACAGGAUCAAAUUAGAUGUUUAUUCUUUGUAUGCUAAUGUACACUUAUUUCAUUGAUGCUCAUUGCCAUUAAAAUAAACUAAGUUUCAUAUACAUGCACACAUUUCUCAAAGACCUCGUCAUUGCCAAUGUUGAUGUUUUAUGUCUACCAUCUGUAAAUAACGAGAUGUAACAUUCAAAGUAAAAAAUAAUCUAUGCAAAACAUUGUGACCAUUACUUGAACACAAGGU